UUUUGAAAAUUCUGGCCAGGAAAAGUUUGAAAAGUAUCUACAAUAUUGCUGAUUAUUGUCGGUUGAUCUGUCGAUAUAUUUAAAAAAGUACGAUAAUAGUACAAACCGACACACAAAGAAUACAAAUCGUUACAAUAUGGUGAAAUCCAAGGCGGAAAAAGAUGCUAAUCAGCACAUCAAUGUUGUGGUUCGUUGCAGGCCAAUGAAUGAAGCAGAAAAGAAGAGAGGAUCACAUAAUGUGGUAGAGGUCGACCAGAACAAAGGCGAAGUUACAAUAAAGGAGAAGCUGCUCCCCCUGGCUCAUACCAAGACAUUUAACUAUGACAGAGUAUUUGGUCCAAACACCAAGCAGAUAUCUGUCUAUAAAGAGGUUGUUGUACCUGUUAUUGAUGAAGUCCUGAUGGGGUAUAACUGCACUAUAUUUGCAUAUGGUCAGACAGGAACAGGAAAGACAUUCACAAUGGAGGGAGAGAGAAGUAAUAACAUGACGUGUUCAUGGGAAGAAGAUCCUCUAGCUGGGAUCAUCCCUCGAUCUCUGCAUCAGCUCUUUGAGAGGCUUAAUAAACAAGAUAUUGAAUUCUCCAUGAGAAUUUCCUAUAUUGAGUUAUACAACGAGGAACUCUAUGACCUUCUUAACUCAUCUGAAGAACCACUGAGACUCAGGAUAUAUGAGGACUCUGCAAAGAAGGGAUCUGUGAUAAUCAAUGGAAUGGAAGAAGCAGUUGUAACAAAUAAAGAUGAUGUCUACAAUAUAUUGGAGAUGGGGGCAGCCAAGAGGCAAACCGCAGCAACGCUACUUAAUGCACAGUCCAGUCGAUCACAUUCUGUGUUCAGUGUAACUCUUCAUAUGAAGGAAAAUACCAUAGAUGGAGAAGAACUCUUAAAAACAGGAAAAUUGAACUUAGUUGAUUUGGCUGGUAGCGAGAACAUUGGAAGAUCUGGGGCUGUGGAGAAACGUGCCAAAGAAGCAGGGAAUAUUAACCAAAGUCUGCUAACUUUGGGUAGAGUUAUCACUGCUCUUGUAGAGCAUGCUCCUCACAUACCAUACAGAGAGAGUAAGCUGACCAGGCUACUACAAGACAGUCUGGGUGGACGAACAAAGACCUCCAUUAUAGCAACCGUAUCCCCAGCAUCUUGUAACUUUGAGGAGACAGUUAGUACACUGGACUAUGCCCACAGAGCUAAGAAUAUCACCAAUAGACCAGAGGUCAAUCAGAAGCUCACCAAGAAGGCCCUCUUGAAGGAAUAUACAGAAGAGCUUGAGCGACUAAGACGUGACCUUCAGGCGUCACGAGAGAAGAAUGGUAUAUACCUUGCUGAAGACAACUACAAUGAUAUGAUAUCAAAGAUAGCACAACAACAAGAUACCAUCAAAGAUGUCACUGAGAGACUUGACUCCCUGAAGACAGAGUUUGACCAGAUCAGUGAGUUAUUUGGAAUCACUAAGGUUGAGCUAGAGGAUACAAGUGAACAGUUGGCACAGACUACACAGGAGUUGGAUACUUGUAAGGUGACCCUACAUGACACUAAGUUACGUCUCCGUCAAACUACGCAGCAGAGAGACGAACAGACUCACCUGUUACAUCACCACAUGGAUACAGAGACUGUGCUUUACUCAGAUGCAACUCAACUCUUGACCACUAGUGAAGAGGCAACCACUGAUGUAUCUGGUCUCCAUGCUAAACUAGAUCGUAAACAAGCUGUAGAGACGCACAAUGAAGAUGCCAAGCAGCAAUUCAAGAGUAACUUCUCCAAGGCUGUAGAAUCAUUCCAGGGGGAUGUUACUACAUUUACCAACACCCAAGUGAAUGGAUUUCUUGACUUUAUGAAACAACAGAUAGAGACUGGUGUUGAGAAGCGUGCUGAGGAUGUGAGUAACGUAUGUAGCCAACUGUCAGAGUGUGUUAACAAACUAAACACUAUGGUAGGAGACAUACACCAAUCACAAGAAUCUACUACCAAGGACUUGCAGAACAUAGCUGGUGACAUCGAGACAAGUUGCAAGGCUCAUAGUAGUUUAACCAGUGAAUCGAUGCAGAUAUUUCUUCAACAAGAGCAUGCCAGUAGAAUGACAGACAUCCAGAACAUGCUAUCUAGUAUGAGCAACCAAAUGAAAGAGCAAGCACACACUUUAUCCCAACAGAUUUCCAACCAGCAAAAAAUGCUCCAAGAACAUACAGAGGGCCAGUUAAGUAGACUAAGUGAGAUUAUUAACAUCGUUGAAGAAGAGAGACAGGCAAGAACUGAAAGACACACUGAGAAUAUCGAACACACCAAAACAAUACUUGAAACACAGGCAGAACUUCAAAAAAAACUAAGAGCAGAAAUAAAUGCAGUUGUAGAGCGGGCAUUCUCAACUGAACUAGCCAGUCUUACAUCUGGAGUAGACACGCUACAGACGAACCUAACUCAGAGCCAGACAGUGUCCACCAAGAGUGACUCUGUAGUGACCAGUAAAGUUGAAGAAGAGAAGGAAACGAGUGAACUCUUCAAGAAGCAACAUGAUGAGACUUGCCAGAUGAUCAUGGGAGCCAGUUCUGCCAGUGAAGAAAAACUUCAGGAGAAUGUAGAACAAUGCAGCGCAAAGCAGACUGAACUACAGAGUACAGUCUGCAAGUACAUAGAGAGCUCCCAGGAACAACACUGUAGCCAUAGUAACCAGUUAGUGGAGCAACUGCACACACAGACCCAACAAUCACAGUCCGGUUUAGAUGAGCAUCAUCAGAAGACACAGGAGUUGAAUGCUGCUAUAGAUUCCAUGAAGACUGAUGUGACAGACUCUUUGGUGCAGCAACAAGAACAGCACCAGUCAUGUGCAAUAGAACAGCAACAACAGGUGCAGCAGCAACAGGGAACAGCGACAGCAUGGCUUACUGAGACCACUAAAACACUAAAUGAAUUUGAUGAUAAUGUGAAUGUCUUCAUACAAGACAACCUGAAAAAAGAUCUGCCAACAGGAACUACACCAGAGAGGCGUGAGUUCAGCUACCCCCGUAUCCUUGAGAAGACCAAGCCACAUGACCAGCUGCUGAGUGCCUUCAGAGAACAAUACCAACUUGAGCAAGCUCUCAGUACGGCACUACCUGAUGACUCAUACAGUGAACAGAGAAGUGUUGUCAUGGAUACCUCAAAGAGCACAACCCAGAAUGAACAGACCAGAAUGAGUGUCAGCAGUGAUGCAUCUGAUAUAUCACAGUCUAAUUUGUCACAGACUAAUGUGUCUCAGAAUAAUGUGUCACAGACUAAUGUGUCCCAGACUAAUGUGUCCCAGACUAACGAGUCCCAGACUAAUAUAUCUCAGAGUUCUGAAGUAUCCAAACAUGAAGAACCAGUACAAGUAGAAGAUAAGGAGGACUGCAAGGAGAACAUGCCAGCCCCUCAGUCCAGUAAAGUACCCACAAAAUCCAUCCCUGAGAAACGUGGCAGAAACAAUUCUGUAAAGAGUACCAAAAAGCUGAAAUCUACCCCAAACAAAGCCACACCCGGAAAAAUAGACACUGGUAAAACACGCACGACAACUCCAACAAGAGCAACGUCAAGAACCCGACUGCCCCUGAGAUCAAACCAGCCUUCUUAAAAUGUAACACAUGCUCUUUCCAUCAACUAUAUGUGUUACAACUUUGAACUGUAUGUGUUCUGUCUAUGAACUGUACAUGUUCUGACUA